AUGGCUUCCAAACUCGCCCCAUGGGCCCUCAGAGGCAGUGCGCGAGCCCUGCGCAGUGGUGUCAAGGAGCAGCGACGGACGUUCCAGGUGUCGAGCGCAUCGCGGAGUGCCUCGCUGAUGGUGCACCGCGACACGCCCGAAAACAACCCCUCGAUCCCUUUCAAAUUCAACGCACAGAAUGAGGAACUCAUCAAGGAGGUCCUCAGCCGAUACCCCAGCCAGUACAAGAAGGCCGCCGUAAUGCCCCUGCUCGACCUCGGACAGCGCCAGCACGGCUUUACCAGCAUCAGCGUCAUGAACGAGGUGGCGAGGCUAUUGGAGAUGCCGCCAAUGCGCGUGUAUGAGGUGGCGACUUUCUAUACCAUGUACAACCGGAAUCCCGUGGGUAGAUUUCACGUACAGUGCUGCACGACGACUCCAUGUCAAUUGCGAGGCAGCGACGGCAUUAUGAAGGCCAUUGAAGAGGAGCUAGGCAUUCACCACGGCGAGACGACCAAAGACAACAUCUUCACCUUCACCGAAGUCGAAUGUCUCGGCGCCUGCGCCAACGCACCCAUGGUCCAGAUCAACGACGAUUACUAUGAGGACCUCACACCCGAAAAGACCAAGGAUCUCCUCCGAGCAUUGAAAGAGGCCGCAGAGAAGACGGGCGCCAGUGGCUGGGCACCGGGUCUGGUAGGCGACAGUGGCAAAGAUCAAGUCUCAGGACAAUCACCAGGACACCAGAUCAAGCAAGGAGGAGAAGGAUACUCAGCACAAGGCGCAAAGAUUCCGGCGCCGGGACCAUUGAGCUCGCGUAUCUCGUGCGAGAACUCGGCAGGCCAUACGAAUUUGUUGGAGCUAGACAAGUAUCCUACACCGGAGCAGGCGCUGCGAAAAGAUGGUGCGCUGUAG